AUGACCUCUGAAGUUACCUCAACAACUUCUAUCAUCGCAGAAGAUGCGUGGAAGUCCCUCGUCGAGCGCAGUAUCAACGAAUGGAAUUCGCCAAGUGGAAACAUGCAUGACUUCGCGAUGGGAUUUCUGCAGAAUUACAAAAGCCUAGACGAUUUUCUACGCAGUCCACGGGAACUCCCGCUCUUUUGGUUCUUUCAAAGGAGAGAAGCCUUUCUUUCGCAACAGACAUUCACGAAAUGGAACAGAGAUCGGCUCGAGGACUAUGUUCUUCUUCCUGCCCUCAACAACUUCGUCAUGCGAUCAGAGUGUUUCUUCGUCAGUCACUUUUGGACCACGAGCAACGACCCGGAUCCUGAUGGCUCUUGUCUGCGUCUUCAUCAGAAAGAGCUUGGGGUUCAGAGUUGGUCGCACAUCUGGGUCGAUUGGACCUGUCUGCCUCAGUACCCCCGGACCGAGAGUGAAGAGGAAUACUUCCUGCGAGGGCUGGAAACAAUGCCUGGAAUCAUUCGCAACUGCGGUUUCUCGUGGUUCUAUCCCGGGUUUGAGCCGCGCCUUUGGAUCCUGUAUGAAAUUGCAGAGUAUACCCUGACCUGUGAUGGGGGUAUCGAGGAGUUUGAGGAUAAUCAGGAGUUUGUGAAGCACAUUCAAGAAAUGCAGGAAACUAGCGUUCCAUCGGUGUUGCGCAAGUACGGAUACAGGUGUAGCGACGAGCGAGACAAAGACUACUUGACGUCGUGUUUGGAGAUUCUCGUUUACUUGAUACGGUUCGGCAUAGACAUGGGCGAGGUCAGAAGACUAAUGUCUCACGUCUUGUGGUUUUCUUUCACUCCGGAUAUAAUGUACCAGAGUCACCUUGGACUUGUGCAAAUUUGGAGGUUCGAAGGGGCGCUGGAAUUUCAAGGCCAACGUUACGAGUUUACACCAUUCCCCAAAUGGGGAGAGGGCAAAUACUCCGCCAAUGCAAGGCGGUUGGGAGAUAUGGAACCUCCCAGCUAG